CCGGACAAGGGCCUAAUUUUGUGACUAUGAACUAUUUGCGACCUGUAAUUGGGCGUGUGAACCUAACGAACUGUGUUCAUAGUUAUGCCAAACCACCCAGGACUCUUAUUACUGGCGGAUUGGGACAGUUGGGAACAGCGUUAGCAACUCGCUUGAGAGAGAAAUAUGGACGGGAUAGUGUAAUAUUGACAGAUGUGAAAAAACCAAGUCAUAAAGUUUAUUCUGAAGGGCCAUAUGCAUACAUAAAUAUACUGAAUUACUAUGAAAUUGAGUCUAUGGUAGUAAAUGAAGGCAUCGACUGGAUUGUCAAUUACUCAGCACUUCUCAGUGCUGCAGCUGAAGCUAACGUAUCUGUUGCUAUGGAUAUUAACAUGAAGGGAUUUGAGAAUGUCCUUAAUGUGGCAAAGGCACAUGAUUUGAGGGUCUUCUGUCCUAGCACAAUUGGAGCUUUUGGGCCAACGUCUCCUAGGAAGAAGACACCAGACUUAACGAUUCAAAGACCGAAGACUGUUUAUGGUGUGACUAAAGUGUACAUGGAGCUGUUGGGAGAGGUAUCAAGUAGUGCAUUUAUUUAUGGCAAUGUUGUUUUAUUGAUCUGUGAGGUUGUAAAGGUGUUUGUCUGUGUGUCUGCCUGUGUGUCUGUCUGUGUGUCUGCCUGUGUGUCUGUCUGUGUAUCGACCUGUAAACACAAUAUCUCUUGAACAGCUUAACAUAUCAAUAUGAAAUUUUCAGAAUAUAAAUAACGUGCAGGAAAUCUCAGAUGAGUUUGAAAUGGGUAGUAAGGUGACAAAUUGAUUAGUAAACAAGUACCAACUCUCCAAAUUUAAAAUGGGCUGGGGAUGGUGCAAAAAGUAGACACAAGCAGAGUUUCCUAGGCAACUCUCAACUCGUGUACGAGCUGUUGGGUUUGCAUUCAGGAAUUUUCAGCUGUGAUUGGAAUGUAACAGCAACAGGGACUUCUGAAAUGAACCCUAAGAUGAAAAGCAGUAUAAUUCCUAAGAAUUAAUAAUUAUCUUAUUUAUCUAAAGCAAUCAUUGAAUUAAAAGCAAGGGUUUUACCUCAAGUCAAUGUGGCAUCAAUAUAAAUGGUUUAUUUGAAAUAUAAUAAAAUCGGUUUGAA